UCCGAUAGACUUGCCUUAUUGAUGAAAUCAAUAUACACCCUUUUAUAAAGUCUGUCCUUGCACGGCAGAGUCUGAUCACCAAAGCUGCUCGCCUCUCCCACUGUUCACUGUUCAGUUCUCUUUCUUCUCGACCGCCCUCGGGACAUUCUCCCUAUGCAUGUGUCGUGAUUGCUGAAUGCAGGUGUGGGUUUUCUGUGCCACUUACUCUUCCGUGAUCCGAUUUCACUUCGUUCCAUGGCUGACAACUCAGGGGAAGCUCCUUCCGACGAGUUCCUCGAGCAGCUUCUAGGGUUUCAGACCUACGCGUCGGGAGCCGACGCCGCGCCGACUCCGAUGGUCCCUCAGCUCGGCUCCGGCCACUUGGGAGCCAUUGGUACGGGGCUUGGCGGCGCUUAUGGAGUUGGGAGUGGCGGUGGGGGGUUUCCUUUGGCCUUGAGAUUGGAGCAAGGGAAGGUAGGAUUUGGCGAUGCUUCGGGGAGUGGGAAGCGAUUCCUCCGUGAAGACCUCGCCGAUUCCCGCGCUUCCUGUUCUGUCAAACAGGGUUUUCAUGGGCAGGCAAUGACGAAUACAGUUCCAGCAGCACCACAGCCUCCUGCAAUCCGCCCUAGGGUUAGAGCCCGACGAGGCCAAGCAACAGAUCCACACAGCAUAGCUGAGAGGUUGCGGCGAGAGAGAAUAGCUGAGCGAAUUAGAGCACUGCAAGACUUGGUUCCCAGUGUCAAUAAGACUGAUAGAGCAGCUAUGCUCGAUGAAAUUGUGGAUUACGUGAAGUUCUUGAGACUCCAAGUGAAGGUGUUGAGCAUGAGUAGAUUGGGCGGAGCGGGUGCGGUGGCUCCCCUCGUGACGGACAUCCCCAUAUCUUCCACAGAGGAACAAGGCAGCGACAAGGGAGGGGGAAUUGAGCCGCCGUGGGAGAAAUGGUCGAACGAUGGUACAGAGAGACAGGUAGCGAAGCUUAUGGAAGAAGACGUCGGGGCAGCAAUGCAGUUUCUUCAGUCGAAAGCGCUAUGCAUUAUGCCUAUAUCCCUUGCAUCAGCAAUCUACAAUACACCGGACGGCGGCACUAGUGUGAAACAGGAGUCCAAUCCCCCUUCAUAAUCUAUGAUCUAUCAAAAAUCCAUCCUUGGCGGCCUAACUCUAUUUAUCUGUGUAUGUCCUCUUGUCUAACCUACUACCUCAUCUUAAGCCAAACAACCCAGAAUUGUACCACCACCACCACAUCUUAGCAGCAUGUGGAAUGAAUGAGAUGAGAAAGUUAGUUAGGGGGUGAGAUAUCAUUCAUAGACGAGGACAGGACAGGACAGGACAGCCAUGGUGGUGGUGGGACAGAGAGAGAGAGAGAGAGAGGUCUGGUGAUAGUGAUGGCGAUGGUAAUGGUAUUGGAAUAAUGAUGAGUUUGGUAAGUAGUGUAGUGAUGGGUGCUUGCUUGUCUAGCUUAGUUAGUGGUUUCUGGGGCCCAUUGAAAUUGAAAUCAAAGGGACGGAUGAUGCACAAGAGUUGUAUGUGGGUGGUUGUUAGACUCACUCUUACCAGACGUAGUCUUAGAUGAUACUUGCAUGUUUUGUACUACUAACUAACUAGGAAGAGUAUGGUAUGGUAGGAGGAUGUAGCUGGGAUAUUGAAUAUUGAUUGGUAGGGGGAUGUGUGUGGACUUAUUUUUUCUGUACAUUGGUGGUGUGUACUUGUUCAUCUGCCAAAUUAUGGCGCGUCUGGCUGAUGACAAAGAAAGAAAGAUAGAUAGAUAUGCAAUAGUGGUCCGGGCUUGUCCAAGAAAAUGAAAUGAAAAGUCAUAGCAUGAAUGUCGUGUUCUGACUUUUGACUUCUCAUUCUGACCUCACUCUUUUCUAUCGCAUUUGGCCUUUAAUUUGAGUUUCAUCUCAUGACCCCGAUGAUGACGUCACGCCUAUGCAAGUAUUUAGUCAUCCGUCCCCCUGAUGUCAUCACUUUAUAGAAUGAUACAUACUUUUGAGGCCUUACGUUUAUAUAUUUUCUUUUUGUAUGGCCCGCCGAAUGAGGCCUUUGUAAAGGCCCAACAUUAAGCCCAUUACCUUAUUGUACUUAAUUGUAUUAAUAGCUUAUUGGACCAAUCCGACCACUGGACAA